CACAGACGACUUCUGCUACACCAACAACAUCUGCAGCUUCAACAACCACCGCAGCCAAUCCAAUAACUGCUGCUCCUAUGACGACUGCAUCCCCCACAACAACUGCUGUCAAAACCAGAACUAAAUUCCAAAGAAUAUGUGCAGCACAGACGACUACUGCUACACCAACAACAUAUGCAGCUUCAACAACCACUGCAGCCAAUCCAAUAACUGCUGCUCCUACGACAACUGCAUCCCCCACAACAACUCCUGUCGAAACCAGAACUAAAUUCCAAAGAAUAUGUGCAGCACAGACGACUACUGCUACACCAACAACAUCUGCAGCUUCAACAACCACCGCAGCCAAUCCAAUAACUGCUGCUCCUAUGACGACUGCAUCCCCCACAACAACUGCUGUCAAAACCAGAACUAAAUUCCAAAGAAUAUGUGCAGCACAGACGACUACUGCUACACCAACAACAUAUGCAGCUUCAACAACCACUGCAGCCAAUCCAAUAAAUGCUGCUCCUACGACAAUGACAACUGCAUCCAAAAGAAAAACUACAUUGCAAACAAUAUGUGCAGCACAAAAAUCUGCUGCUACUCCCUCAACAACUGCCGCUAAAACAAGAACUACCUUCCAAAGAUUAUGCGCAGCACAGACGACUACUGCUACACCAACAACGUCUGCAGCUUCAACAACAACAACAACUGCAGGGAGUCAAAUAACUGCUGCUCCUACGACAGUUGCAGACCCAACGACAACUGCCCCCAAAAGAAGAACUACAUUGCAAACAAUAUGUGCAGCACAAACACCUACUGUUAGCCCAACAACAUCUGCUGCCUCGACGACAACUGCUUCAACAUCAACAACUGCCACCAUGCCUACAAUCGCUGCAACAACAAAAUAUACAGACCCUACGGCAACAGACGCCCUUAAAACAACUGCUCCCCCAACAUCAACAACUGCCGGCCCAACCACAACUACAGCCUCAACAGCUGCGGCCCCGGCAUUCACAUCUGCAGCCCCAACAGCAAAUACUAUACAGUCCCAAUACAGCCCCAACAGCAAAACAACUGAAGCCCCAAGGACAACUGCUACCAAGACAGCAACUGCUGCCCUGAUGACAAAUACAGCACUUCCACCAACUGCUGCCUCAACGACAACUCGUUUAACAUCAACCACUGACGCCAAAAAAAUAACUGUUUCCACACUAUCAUCAACUGCCUCUCUGCAUUCAACUGCUGCAACAACAAAAAAUUUAGCCCCGAGAGGCGUGUCAUCGCCUACGGCAACUGAAGCCGGUAUAACAACUGCAGCCCGUCUGACAAAAGCUGGCGCCCCAAUAUCUGCAGCCCCAACUACAACUGCUCUGCUAACAACAACAACUGAGACUACAACUGCCGUCACCCAAUCAGCCACAACUACAAAUACUAACAAUGACGGUUGCCGUUUCAGACUGAGGAUGACACACCUGCUCCUCGGACUCCUUGUCUUUGCUCUCUGUUAGAACAAUGGGGCUUUGACAAUAUGACCUCAAUAUAAAUAUAUUACAUUGGUCUGAUGUUAGGUCACUACUGUCUUGAAUAUACUGUAUAUCAAAACCUGUUUAAUAAAGCUUCUGAUCUAUAACA